CUUGUAGAGAGGGAAACCAAACUACCACAGAUGGAAGCUGGAAAUUAGUUGUCAGACUAUGAGAAAUCCACUGCUUAUUGAACUAUAUGGAACAGUAAGAUAAGGUUUGAGUCUAGUGAAGAAGAAGAGGAGUAACAUACUCCUGGCAGAAGGACCAUGGACUGUUUGCCAAUGGACGCUUGUCUCUGUGCUGCUCUGCUCAUGGUUUGGUGUGUGCUGGUGCAAUCGGAGCCCAGCUGUGAUCAGACAGAGUUCUUACACACUAAUGGCUCUUGUGUUGCUUGCACUGUGUGUGGGCCGGGAGAACAGCUCUCAGAGGACUGCGGUUUUGGAGAUGGUGGCGAAGGCGUCUGUAUCCUGUGUGAAGAGGGAAAGUUCAGUGUAGAUACAGGUGUGGCUCCCUGCAUGCGAUGCACCCAGUGCAAUCUGCUGAACCGCCUGGAGAGGACAGCGUGCUCACCCACCAGUGAUGCCCAGUGUGGUCAGUGCCUCCCAGGGUAUUAUGAACUCAGGAGCAUGACUGGGGAAGUGGAGCUGCCAUGUGUGCCGUGUUCCAGUCAUGACACAGUCCAUAAAGAGUGUUUGCUUUUGACAGCUCGUGGCUCUAAAGGAGAGAGUGCUGUCACUGCGUCAAGGGGAGAUUUCAAAGAACCCAAAGAGAAGAGAGUAAAAGAAGAAACAUUUCCAAUGGUCCUGAUUGGUUCAGCAACAGCUUCCUCGAUCUUCCUCAUUGCUCUGCUGCUGUGGGCCGUCCUCCUGACUGCUGAGAGAUUCAAGCAUGUUCCUGAGUAUUGUCCCGGGCCUGAGGGACUGUUUCCUGCAGAUGACCUUCAGUACACACCCACAUCCAGCCCCGCAGAGAGAACAGCCGAACAAUCAGAGGCUCCUUCACAGACACUUGUUCCAGCUCAAGAUCCCCUGAGAGGCCUGAACUCACUGAGCCAUGACAGUGAGGUGCAUCCUACUUCUAUUGUGAUUAACGUCACCACCAACAUUAAACCCUCCAGGCAGAAAGAGGAGAACGUCACACAGGAGGAGAAGCAAAGACUCUGCUGUUCCAUGAAGGAGAUGGAGCAAAAACUUCAGACCAUCUGGGAGGUGGCUCAGGGUCAGAGUAUCGACACCCUCGACUAUGACUCAGUCCAGGACUUGUCCCUGAUGCUCGACUCUGCCGACAGCAAGGACACAUUGAGGAGACUGGGGCGAUCUUUGGGUGUCCCACCUCAGGUCAACGCACAUCUUCAAGGCUUCCAGGACCUCUUUCAGUACCUGCGCACCUCCACCUACACACUGCUGCCCCAGCUGGCCCAGGCUGCUGCACUCCUGCCUAAUCCUGAAGUUGUUGCUAGGAUACACAGAGCUGUUGUGACCACUUAGACCCUCAGGAUGUGUUACAGUGACUUCAGCUGUUAUACAGUGUUUCUGGGUCACUUUGGAUGAUGGCACUGUUACCAGAUGCAUCACUCAAUAAGCUUUACACCUACUGUUGGGACACAAAGGCUUUCCUCUUACUGGGAUUAAUUGAUUUUGAGUGGAAAUACUGGGAAUUAAACACC